AGGAGAACGCUGAGGUGGAGCGAAUUUGGCGCGAGCUGACUUUGCAGCAGCUGUGGACCUUGUGGCCGGAGAGUCCUUGCGGUUCUGAUCGAGAUCAGGGGAGCGUGCACCGAGCGACACAUUCCUGAAGAGUGCAAAGCUCCGUGAGUUGUGUGGCCAUCAUGCCUCAAACCCGAUCCCAGACACAAGCUACCAUCGACUUUCCGAAAAAGAAGCAAUCUAAGACCCUGAGCAAGACAAACUCCCGUGACAGUGAAGUAAAACUUAGAAACGUCCAGCCUGUACCCACCACUCCAUGUGCGGACAUAAAAAUUCUGCCUCUCAGUCCCCGAAAACGUUUGGGUGAUGACAAUCUGUGCAACACUCCCCAUUUAUCUCCCUGUUCUCCGCCCAAGCUGGGCAGGAAGGAAAACGGCCCCCCUCGCUCACAUACCCGGAAGGGAUGCAGAUUAAUAUUCGAUGAUGAGCUGGCAGUUAAGGCUUCCGCCCCAAAAGAACAAGACAGAGUUCCCCAGCACCAGAUACUUUCCUCCGCUCAAAGAGGUCAAGAGAGCGAAACAAAUCCUGAGCAGAAAUGCCCACCAGAGAAGGAAUCCACGUGUAUGCGACUGUUCAAGCAGGAAGGCACUUGCUAUCAACAGGCAAAGCUUGUCCUGAAUACAGCUGUCCCGGACCGGCUGCCUGCCAGAGAACAGGAGAUGGGUGUCAUCAGGGAUUUCCUGAAGGAGCACAUCUGUGGGAAAAAAGCUGGGAGUCUCUACCUUUCUGGUGCUCCUGGAACUGGGAAAACUGCCUGUUUAAGCCGGAUUCUGCAGGACUUCAAGAAGGAAGUGAAAGGCUUUAAAACUAUCAUGCUGAAUUGCAUGUCCCUGAGGAAUGCUCAGGCCGUGUUCCCAGCCAUUGCUCAGGAGAUUGGUCGGGAGGAACUCUGCAGACCCGCCGGGAAGGACUUGAUGAGAAAGCUGGAAAAGCACUUGACAGCCGAGAGGGGCCCCAUGAUUGUGUUGGUGUUGGACGAGAUGGAUCAGCUGGACAGCAAAGGCCAGGAUGUGUUAUACACACUGUUUGAGUGGCCGUGGUUAAGCAAUUCCCGACUGGUGCUCAUUGGUAUUGCUAAUACCCUGGAUCUCACGGACAGAAUUCUGCCGAGACUUGAAGCUAGAGAAGGCUGUAAGCCGAAGCUACUGAACUUCCCACCUUACACCAGGAAUCAGAUAGCUGCGAUCUUGCAGGAUAGGCUUAGUCAGGUAUCAAAAGACCAGGUUCUGGACAGUGCUGCGAUUCAGUUCUGUGCCCGCAAAGUGUCUGCUGUCUCGGGGGACAUCCGGAAAGCGCUGGAUGUUUGCAGGCGAGCUAUUGAAAUUGUGGAGUCGGAUGUCAGGAGCCAGACAGUCCUCAAACCACUCUCCGAAUGUAAAUCACCCUGCGAGUCGCCGGUUCCCAAGCGUGUCGGUCUCGCUCACAUAUCCCAAGUCAUUUCGGGAGUUGAUGGUAACAGGGUGACUUUGAGCCAAGAAAACACACAGGAUUCCCUUCCUCUCCAGCAGAAGAUCUUGGUUUGCUCUUUGCUGCUCUUGACCAAGCGGCUAAAAAUCAAAGAGGUCACCCUGGGGAAGUUAUACGAAGCCUACAGUAGCGUCUGUCGUAAACAGCAGGUGGCAGCCGUAGACCAGUCUGAGUGUUUGUCCCUUUCUGGACUCCUGGAAUCCAGGGGCAUUGUGGGACUGAAGAAAAACAAGGAGAGCCGCCUCACCAAGGUGUCGCUGAAGAUUGAAGAAAAGGAGAUAGAGCAUGUCCUAAAAGGCAAGGCUUUCAUUGGGAACAUCCUCGAUGCCGGGCUGCCCUGAACGGUUCUCUUCCUUAGGGCGCCUGCAAGCGUCCCGCUGGCGUUUGCAGCCAGGGUGGGUCUUCGUUUUAGUAAGGUCGUUCGGAAACAGUUACGGCCUUUUUUACUCUGCACCAGUAAAUUUUAGUGUAUGAACUCCUGAGUGUUAGCACUGGCUAAUGUCCUUGGCUCUUACUGUUUUUACCCAUAAAAAUGACCGAGUGCUGGGUGUGAUGGCGGAUGCCUGUGCUCCCAGCGCUUGGGAAACCGAGUCAGGAGUUCGAGGCCAUCCUUUGCUACAUAGUGAGUUUGAGCUGGCCUGGACUACACAAGACUGUAAAAAGUA